CUUGUCUCUUGCUUAGCUGGCGGGGCCGCAACUCGAUUUCCCACGGAGCGAACUUGUCGCCAUGUGGGGCUGCGGCCUCUCGUGCCAGGUGGAGGUGCUGAAUGCCGCCACGAUGAUUCCCCCUGUCUUCAGCGCGCUGGCGGGGUGCUGGCUGGAGCACAAGGCUUGGUGGCGAUCCAACUCCACGGUGGCGCUGCUGGCGGGCUGGCUGGGCAUGAUCCCCUUCAGCGCCGCCUCCCACCUCUACUGCGCGCUGCACGGCCACUACCAUCCCAUGCUGCUGCGCCUGGACCAGACGGGCAUCUCCCUGGCGAGCAUUUGCGCCGCCUGGGCACUGUCCAAGUCCUGCGGCUUCAGCUGCCUGGUGGCCUUGUUAAGCCUCAGCAUGGACGCUUUGAUGUUCUUCGGCCCGGAGCAUUUGCGAGAUCACGUGGAGUGGCGAACUACCGCACUGGCAGGUAUCGUGCUCCUCUAUUUGAGCCCGAUGGUUUGGAAGAGGGACACGGUGGAUCAAAGCAUCUUGCCCAUCCUUUCCUGCUUUGUGGCGGGUGCUGCGCUUGCGCUCCUGGCGCCUUUGGGCCCCUACAGCCAUCCCGUCUUCCACUUGCUGCUGAUCCCCUACAGCUUCUACGUGUCAAAAUCUGCCAGCGUGUACGAGAGCUCCUUGGAACUGCGGGCUAUGAGCCCCGAGUUCUCUUUGGAGGAUGGCAGCGACACAGAUGAUGGGUCCGUGCUGAAGGAGGUUUUCCUUGCUGGGGACAUUGGAAGCUGGCUGACAUAUUCCAAGGCACCGUAAUUUCCGGCAGAAUUGGUGAUUGUUAGUUUCCCUUGAUG